CCAUGGGACGCUUGUGUGUGACCCACACACACCAUGCUGGGGACCCUGAAAAGAAUGCUGAGCAGUGACAGGGAGUGGGCAAGCAGAGUAUUGGAAUCUGGAUGUGAAACCAAGAUAACGUCCUCCAAGCAGCACACUUAUGAGGAGGACUCGCCACAGAUAACAGAAAGCCUUCCAAGCUGCAGUCUUGAGAGCUCAAGUCUCCGAGAUGAUUGGGAAGGCAAAGGCCUUUAUGAGAGACAACCAAGAAAUCCAGCCAGAAAUGCUGGCCCAGUGCUAAUCCGUCACAAAGAAAUGCCCACGUUAAACCAGCACAUGCCUCUUACUUUUUACCAGAAAAAGUCCUGUAGAUAUAAAAAAUGCAAGAGAGACUUCUGUCAAGAGCAAUUCGUUAUUAACCAAGGAAUUCAUAUAAAUGAGAAGCCCUACAAGUGUAGGGAGUGUGGGAAGGCUUUUAAGUAUGGCUCACGACUAAUCCAGCAUGAGAAUAUUCAUUCGGGCAAGAAGCCUUAUGAAUGUAAAGAGUGUGGGAAGGCCUUCAACUCUGGUUCAAAUUUCAUACAACACCAGAGAGUUCACACGGGUGAGAAACCUUACGCAUGUAAAGACUGUGCUAAAGCCUUCAGUCGAAGUUCCCAGCUCAUUGAGCAUCAGAGAAUCCAUACUGGGGAGAAACCCUAUCAGUGUAAGGAGUGUGGCAAGGCCUUCAAUCGUAUCUCACAUCUCAAGGUGCAUCACAGAAUCCAUACUGGGGAGAAGCCCUAUGUGUGUAAGGAGUGUGGGAAGACCUUUAGUCAUCGGUCUCAGUUGAUUCAACAUCAGACUGUUCAUACUGGCAAGAAACUCUUUGAGUGCAAAGAGUGCGGGAAGGCUUUUAAUCAGGGGUCCGCUCUAAUCCGACAUCAGAGAAUUCAUACGGGAGAAAAACCAUACAAGUGUAAGGCGUGUGGCAAGACCUUUAGAGUGAACUCACAGCUUAAGCAACAUCACAGAAUUCACACUGGAGAGAAACCGUACCAGUGUAAGGUUUGUGGUCGGGCCUUCAAGCGGGUCUCACAUCUCACAGUACAUUAUAGAAUUCAUACGAGUGAGAAGCCAUUUGAAUGCAAGGAAUGUGAGAAGGCCUUUAGUCGUUGCUCACAACUGAGUCAACAUCAGGUGAUCCAUUCAGAGGACAAGCCCUACAAGCAUCAGGGACGCCGGAGGAGCGUAAAGCACGAUGCAACACCUGAGCACCCCAGACUACGCAGCAGAGGGACACACACGAACAUAGUAAAUGUAGAAGAGCCAGCUCUUGGCACUUACCCACUAGUAAUCAUCAGGGAGUUUGUUGGCAAGCAGCCAUCUGAAUGGAAGUAAUGCAAAGAGCCCAUUAGCUUAGGGUAAUCACAGAUUGUGCAUCUUCAAGAAAGGGUAGA